GACUUUGGGUUUUGCUACCCACUAUUUAACAGCCCUGGCUACACUCAGAAUCAUACUGAACAGAGAAAACAGCAGGAUCAGCAAGGAAUAACUACAAAGAGCUAAAGACAGCAAAGAUGAAGGUUUUCCUGAUGCUUGCCAUUGUGGCAUUUACAGGUUGCCAAGCCAAGCAACCAACUGAUGCCUUCUGGGACUAUAUUAGAUAUUAUCAACUGAGAGAUGUAGUCAAUGAGUAUGCUGACACUCUCCAGAAACAAGUGAGCCCUCUGACCCAAGACCUCAUGACCAAAAUUACCAAGGAGGUGGACGUUCUGAAGGAUCAUCUUCAGAAGGAUCUGACCACUGUGAGAGACAAACUGGAGCCCUAUGCUGAGGAUCUGAAGACCCAAAUUCAGCAGAGAGUGGAGGAGCUGAGAGUAAUUUUGGGUUCCUAUGCUGAGACCUUUGACUCUGAAGCUCUGAAAACUAACUUGCUGCAGAAAACUGAGGAGUUGAGGGGAAAUCUGGAGGAGACAGUGAAGGAGCUGCAGUCCCAGCUGGUGCCCUACACUGAUGAACUCAGACAGAAAUUAGAUCUGCACGUGCAGGAUUUCCAGAAGACCGUGACCCCUCUGACUGAGGAUCUCCAGAGGUGUCUGGCACCCCAUGCCGAGGACCUGAGAAAGAAACUGGAACCGUACGCCCAAAACCUGAAGGACCAUUUCUCCUCUCUUUAUGAAUCCUUCACCAAGACCAACUAAAUACUCGAAACACCACUUUUCACUCACUGGAAUGCUUUUCACCCCCACUAAAACCUUAAAUAUUAAACAUCAAAUGCUCAGUUCUUUAGUGCCUAUCAUAAGAAUACACCUCAAACAGUGGACUGUACCAACUUGCUAAAAGUGCAGAGAAUUUCUCCCACUUUAUUUAUACUACAAUAAAAUUACUGGCAAACUGA